AUGGCGAACUCAAGCUCUGCUUCAGCAUUGCUGUAUGCAGCAACAAUCUCCAUGCCAGCUUCACAGGGUGCUCGGCCUGACGACGACCUUACCAAGACCAAAGCCUGGCACACUGAGAAUGGCCGUUUCGAAAAUCCAUGGCCAUCCUGGAACAACCAGACUCCAUGGAAGAUUAUGGGUGGCAUGAUCAAGAGAAGGUUCAAUGGGAGGGCCAAUUCUCCCGACACGACACCACCAACCAUUCCCGUCCGAAAACCGACGUUCCUUCCUUCCCGCGAGCAGAACGAUAAGAUUCGCGCAACCUGGCUCGGACAUGCCUGCUAUUACGUCGAGUUUCCUUCUGGCCUUCGAGUCCUCUUUGACCCAGUUUUCGAGGACCGCUGCUCACCCUUCUCCUUCAUGGGGCCGAAACGUUACACCGAGAAACCUUGUAACAUCGCCGAUAUUCCCUUCAUCGAUGCCGUAGUCAUCUCACAUAGUCACUACGAUCAUCUGAGCGUUUCUAGUGUGCGCGAGGUCUCAACGAGGUUUCCCAACUGUCAUUUCUUCGUGCCACUGGGGAACAAGAAAUGGUUUGCAGAAUGCAAAAUCCAGCAGUGUACUGAGCUCGACUGGUGGGACGAGGUGGACUUUACACUCACUCCUCAAUCUCCGAGCUCUAAUGACUCCAAACCUGAAAUCUCAGACGUCGAUACUGCCCAACCAUCCUCCAACACAAUCACGGCUCGGAUAUCGUGCCUGCCGUGUCAACAUAUCGCGAACCGAGGCCUCUUUGAUCGCGGCGCAACACUCUGGUCGUCAUGGUCAGUCACCUCCGGCACUCCAGGCACGUCUCAACCUCCCAAGUCCGUCUAUUUUGGCGGCGAUACUGGCUACCGCGCUGUGCCAGAGUCAUCAGACGGAAAAGACGACUGGUCCGAAGAAUACUCCCACCUUCCGAUCUGUCCCGCCUUUAAAGAGAUUGGCAAACACCGCGGUCCAUUCGAUCUAGGGCUAAUACCAAUCGGCGCGUACAUGCCACGUUGGAUCAUGAGUCCGAUGCAUUCGAAUCCUCGAGAUUCGGUCGAGAUCUUCCGAGACACGGGCUGCAAGAGAGCUCUAGGUAUACAUUGGGGAACCUGGGUAUUGACCGAGGAGGAUGUCCUUGAGCCACCGAGACUAUUGAAGCAGGCACUGCAACACCACAACAUCCCGACCGAAGGCGUCUUCGACGUUUGUGACAUUGGUGAAAGCAGAGAGAUCUAG